AUGAAGCAAUAUCUAUCGCCGACGCUUGCCUCGCUGGCGAAUGUUUUCAGAAUCCCUAUCCGACCGUCCAUCCGACCAACUUGUGCCGAAGUAUCAACAAAGGAUUCCUCUUGUUCGACAAUUAUUCAAGCGAGCAAGGCGUUCUCGAGCAGUACACCGCGAGAAAAGAAAGAAAAGGCGAAGCUCGACCAGAGAGUUACCCUAAUCCGCUACUUCCUCUACCACCCUCUCACCCCUCGCCCACUUCGCUUCUCUCGAAACCGCUUUCUCCGCCAUUGGACUAUCCACCGUGCCUGGAACCUCUACCAGGCCAAGCGCCGGGCAGCUCGGGAUUUAGAACUAGAGCGCAUGUACGCCAGCAUGCGUGAUGCAUGCGAGGAACUACGCACGGGUGUGGGCGACGGGGGUCGUUUAUUUCGAGUCUCCAUGAAUAAGAAAGGCGUUUUCACAGACGGAAUUCCGAUCGAGUAUGGCCGAUUGCAGACGGAGACCCCAAGUCGGGAGGGAUGGAAUUAUGACUGGAAAAGGUGA